CCCCACGUGGAUCGUAUCGAUCUACGUAGAUCGCGGUUAUCAAAAUAGAGGCCACCAAGAAAACUAAAAGAAAAGUUUCCAAAAAAAGUCAAAGAUCAAGUUAGUUUCAAUCUAAUCUAAUCAUAAUAUCAUAUGAAGAUUCACCAGAUAUUUUUUGAAUAAACCGGCGUAUCAAACUUCUGAACACAAUCAAGUUUGUAAUUAAUCGAUUUAUAAUCUUUGCCGGGUCAAACGUUGAACUCUCACCAAAUCCCACCAAAUCCAACUUUUUAAAAUUCCAUUUUGUUCAAUCGAUUUCCAGGAUUUAUAGUUUAUGUACGUGAUUUGCAUAUUCAGUUUUGGUGGGUGUUUGAAAAAUUAGUGGGGCAACACGAUGGGAAGGUUUGGUGGAUCAAUUUCAUUGCAGGAGGAGACGCAGUACUACCUUCGGAUCUGGAAUUUAAUCAGAGUUUUGAUCUUUUAGCACGGGGAUGAGAUUACGUAAUAUCGUCAUCAAUCGAUCUAAACUCUUGUUUCCUAAAUCGAAUCUGCGAACCAUGAAGACACGGAGACUUUUUGGGAUUUCUCUUUCUCUAAUUAUCAUCAAUUUGGCUUCGAUAAUGGAGCGAGCCGACGAAAAUCUUCUUCCAUCUGUAUACAAAGAAGUCAGUGAAGCGUUCAACGCCGGACCCUCUGAUCUGGGCUACCUCACGUUUAUCAGAAACUUCGUUCAAGGUCUGGCGUCUCCGAUCGCCGGAAUCCUGGUUUUAACCUACGAUCGGCCCACAGUUCUUGCAAUGGGGACACUAUGCUGGGCGUUAUCCACCGGCGCUGUUGGUGGUAGUCAUUAUUUCAGUCAGGUUGCUUUUUGGAGAGCUGUAAACGGAUUUGGAUUGGCGAUUGUGAUUCCUGCACUCCAGUCGUUUAUAGCUGAUACAUACAGUGAUAGUGUGAGGGGAACAGGGUUUGGGUUCUUGAGUCUUGUUGGGAUGGUGGGUGGCAUCGGUGGUGGUGUGGUGGCGACAGUUAUGGCCGGUCAUGAGUUUUGGGGGGUGCCCGGAUGGCGGUGUGCUUUUGUUUUGAUGGCGGCGUUAAGUUGCUUGAUUGGGUUUCUUGUUUUCGUGUUUGUUGUUGAUCCGAAAAGGUUAACUUCCAUUGAUCGUGAUGGAGGAGAGUAUUAUCUAGAAAGGAACGAACUAUUGGAACGCGGACGUGAUUCUAGCUCGGGUUCGAUUUGGACUGAGUCAUGGACGGCGAUGAAAGCCGUGAUGAAAGUCCAAACGUUUCAAAUCAUCGUCUUACAAGGUCUUGUUGGUUCACUCCCAUGGACCGCUAUGGUUUUCUUCACCAUGUGGUUCGAACUAAUCGGUUUUGACCACAAACAAGCUGCAACCCUUUUGAGCCUAUUUGGAGCCGGGUGUUCUUUCGGUUCACUCUUGGGUGGAAUUAUAGCGGAUCGUUUAUCCCAAAUUUACCCUCAUACGGGUCGAAUCAUGUGUGCCCAAUUCAGUGCCAUCAUGGGUAUCCCGUAUACAUUCUUUCUACUACGUGUAAUCCCACAAUCAGUCGACAGCUACUUAAUUUACGCUAUUACCCUUCUCCUUAUGGGUCUUUCAAUAAGCUGGAAUGGAACCGCAGCCAAUGCACCAAUGUUUGCUGAAGUGGUCCCCGCCAAACACCGGACCAUGAUUUACGCGUUUGAUCGGGCCUUUGAAGGGUCAUUUUCGUCUUUUGCUGCCCCCAUGGUUGGGAUUUUAGCAGAGCAGAUUUAUGGGUAUGACCCGAAAUCGGUGGACCCGGUUGCGGGGUCCACAAGAGAAGCUUUAGCGCUUUCAAGAGGGCUUUUUUCGAUGAUGGCGGUUCCUUUUGGUUUGUGUUGCUUGUUUUACACGCCUUUGUAUCGAGUUUUUAGACGCGAUCGUGAUAGUGUUCGAAUGGCUACUCAAAAAGAAGAAGAAAUGAUCUGAUUAACCAUGUAGUUUUUUUUUUUU